AUGAAUCACUUUACAUAUAUAUAUAUUAUUGGCUUUUUAGAUAUAGCUAGCCUCGCCAUGAUCAUGCCCUCUUUCAAUCGUCACCUUAGACAAUAUGGUGCAUCACAUUUCCAAAUAACCCUUCUAGAAUCCCUGUUCUCAGGCCUUCAGUUAAUCACGGGACCCAUUGUUGGUACGUUCAGCGAUCGUUACGGUCGCAAACCCUUACUUUUAUUUUCAAUGUUAUUUAGUGUUUUCGCAUUUUUCACCAUGGGUUACUGUGAUACUUAUCUGUCGAUUGCUAUUAUACGGUUGUUGUUGGGCUGUUUCAAACACACUCAAAUGUUAGGCAAAUCAUUAAUCGGCGAUAAUGUACCUAAAGCCGAACAAUUGAGCGCACAUGGAAAGUUGAAUAGUUUUAUUUCGUUGUCAUUUAUGAUAGCCCCAGUUUAUGGAGGUUAUUUAUCGGAAGUAACAAAUGGAUUUUAUUACCUUACAUGUUCGACUAGUUUCCUUUGUGCUAUAAAUGCUAUUAUUAUUGCGAUUCGAGUUCCAAACAAAAAUAUUGAGCAAACCAGUGUGAAAAAAAACAUGUUUCAUCAUUUAAAAGAGGUCGAUUGGUUGGAGUAUUGGCCAUUAUUGUUUAUGAGAAUGAUGUACACUGCAACUAUAUCAACAAUGAUGGUGUCAUUUGGGUUUGUACUCAUAGAAAAGUUUAAACUCACACCUUCCCAAGUUGGUUACACGCUAUCGAUCAACAGUUCAAUCAGUGUCGCUACUGGAUUUGCAGUGCCCAGAUUAGAGCCGUUUUUACGUAAAUAUAAUCUGUUCAAAAAAUGUUUCUUUAGUUUUGUUUUACUUGGUUUUGGAUAUUUAUGCUUGUCAUUUGCUCCAAGCUGGAUAUUUUUCAUGUUGUGUAUGGUUCCUGUCAGUGCAGCUGGUACUCUAAUAGAAGUAUUUUUAAAUCAAAUUCUUUCUGAAACUUCUAAGGAUCAUAAUAGAGGAACAUUGGGUGGUGCGAUGACUAGCUCCGUUUCAGUAGCUCGAUCUAUUACUCCCAUGGUAAUCGGAUUAUUUAUGGAUAUGUAUGGUACUAGGGGAGCAUAUUUGUUCGCGUCCCUAGCUGCUGUUUCUGCUGCAGCAUUGGCUAAAUUUUAUGAUAAUAAAAUUAAAAAAUCAUAA